AUGGUGUGGCAGUUGCUGCCACUCCAUGCGCUCGAUGAAGAAGUUGUGCCACUUCCCUGUGACGGAGAUGCCCCCAUCGGGCGGCGCCCUAACAACUUCCUCGUGUGUCCUCAUCUUGCAGUGAGUGGGACUCACUGCAUUCUGCACUGCAGUGCUGGCCGCCCUCCUGAAUUUGAGGACUGCAGCACGAACGGCAGCUUCGUGAACGACAAGAAGCUGCAGAAGGGCCAGAGGUGUCGUCUAGCCGAUGGAGACAUCCUUUCCCUCACCAAACCACUCGAUGCAGAGGUCGAGGCGAAGGAUGGGGUGGAGCCGGGCCCUCGCAUCCAGUACAAGCUGGUCUUCCAUGGAGAGCUCGAAGAGCCCAAGGAGGAUCUCGGUGAGAUUCCGGCAACGGCGCCUGAUGCAAAGCGACCUGAUGCGGUGGCACAGGGGGAGAACCGCUUUGCCCAUUAUUUGUCAAUUCAGGAGCAGCAGAGCAAAGCAAAGCUCAAAGCUGACCUGCUAGUUUCCCAGCGCGAGCUGGAUGAAGAACGUCAACGCGUUGAAAAUCUCAGCCUAGAGCUGCGCAAAGUCCGCCAGCAGGCCGAGGAGGAGCGGCUUCGACGCGAGGAGGCCGAGGAAGCCCAGGACAAGCUUGGUGAGGAGGUGGAGGCGCUCCGGGUAGAGGCACGCCAGCUGAAGGAGCUAACCGUCGCACACGAGGAACUUCGAGGACGUCACGCAACUUCUGAAAAGGAGCUGGCCGAGCGAAGCCGGCAAUGCGAGGAUCUCGAGGCUCAGCAGCAGCAGUUGCGUCAGGACUUGACACUGGCUGGCGAGGCACAGCAAAAGUUGCGACAGCAACUGGCUGAGCUGCAGGUCUGCGCCAAGCAAGUGCAGGAGUGGGCGGAAAGGCUGAUUCGGCAGCAGCAGCUCGAGGCUGAGCAGGAUGCUGAGCGCGCAAGCGAGGAGGGCCAGCGUCUCCAGGAGGAGCUCCAGGUCAUCGCUUCAAGCCGCGAGAAGCUGGAGGCGGAUGUGUCGGCAAGCAGAGAAGCUCUCGCGAAGGCGGAGGCAGAUGAACGAAGCGCGCGUUCGAAGCUGGACGAUGUCACAGCCAAGCGAACAGAGCUGGAAUGUCAGGCGGCAGCUGCGCAGUCCGAUGCCGAGACAAAGAGGAAUGCGUUCAAGGUCGCUGAGCAGCGCUCUGCCACAGCCCGGGCCUUGCUCACGCAACUUGGUGAGGUGGGCAAAGGCCUCUCCAGCGAACCGGGCCGCAGGCUGGAGCUGUGGGACGAGGUUCUCCAGGAGGGCCUUCCUGGCGCUGCCAAACCCUUGGAAGAGGCCCUGGCGGCGACCUGUCGCGAGGAGCCAGUUCCAGAUGGUCAGCUGCGAGUCCGAGAUUCCGAGCUAUCCUUGCAGGAAUGUAUCAACUUCCUUGGAGAUGCCAACGAUGCCCGUGCUGCGCGAAAAGUUGAAGAUUUGGUGCAGUUCUACAUCCUGCCACCGGAGCCACGCUGGCUUCCGGAUGGCUACGACGACGAUGACGUCCAGGCCAACCGUGCUGAGAUUCCCAGCCUCCUCGAGCUGCUGGAUAUCAAACGCCGGGUGCAGCCCUCCAGUCAUUUCAUUGCCCUGCACCUCUCAGCGGAGCUGUGGAUUGACGGUCCGUCGCAUGGUGCAAGCCGAAAGAUCUGGCGUGUUGUGCCCACACGCCCGCCUCGACGCUCGGGGCUGGUCUUUGUGCGUGGAGAGAAGUUGGAGGACAUGGCCUUGAGCUCGGAAGAUGCGAUUGGUCGAAGCCCCACGGAUGGGGACCGGGAGAGGGACCAACGAAUGGAUGAUACGACCACAGCCAUCCACCGAGUGCAUGAAAGCAAUAGGCAACUCAAGCCGGACAGGGCGGACCCCUUCGGCAUGCAGGCACGUUUGGCGAUCGCCCGGCAUCCAGUCUGUCCACUGCGAAGUCUAGCAGGACAGAAGGAGAAAGAUAAUUUUCAACUGGAGUCAGGAAUACAGAACAAGGUGGAGGGUGACAUGUCGGAAGCCUGUGCAGACAUCAGGGAGUUAAUGAAGCUGCUGAAUGGCAAGGAUGAAAAGCCUGAGACUGAGACUGAGCGGAAGGAGCGGAAGGAAACGCUCAGGAAGCAGCUCAAAGAGUUUGUAGCACACAUGGAGAAACCCGAGGACGUGGUCGGAAAGUUGUUGGAGGAUAAAUGUAUUGAUAGAGCGGCUGAGCUGACGGUCUUGGCCAAGAUCUACAGCCGCAUGGCUUCCAAUAACCGCGGCUCUGUGAGGCGCUGUGCAGCCUACCCCCGGCUGGUUGAUUGGAAGGCCGUCAAAUUUCUUGUGCAUGGAAGCAUUGCUGAGGCGAAGUAUGUCCUCUAUCCCAUGUUCUUGUUCUUCUGUUGCUUUGCUCUGCAAAGCUUUCUGCUCCAUGUGACAACAGCCCUCUACGUGCGGUACAUGGACCGUAUCAAGGACGAGCUGGAAGAGUUGCAUUUGCGGUCCAACCAUUCCGUCGGCCUCUCCAAGGUAGAAGGUGGUGAAAUGUUCGAUCUUGUGUCACACCUGUUUGUUGCGACGGAGAUGUGGCGUGCAAGUCUCGAGAAUUUUGUGAUCAACCAAGGGAAACGGGUCCGGGAUGGCAACGUGAAGAUCCCAAUGUUUAUUUUGGACCUUUCCGGCAUCAUUCCGGCCGGCCUUUGCGUGCUGACAUUUGGAGCUUCAGCUUGGCUCGACCGAUUCCACAUUGGGCUGUGGUACAAGACCUUCCUUGUUGCCUGCUGCAUGGCAAUCAUGAAAGGAAUCCUCGAUCUUGUGACGGUCCUUCCCGAUUCCAUUGGCUGGAAGCAGUUCCCUGGCUCCAUUUUGGGUCUAACGACGAGGCGAUUGCGGAAACGUGCCUGGUUUAGCAACUUCUGGGCAACCUUGUGGCAGGCGGGUCUUGCAACAGCACGUUUCAGGAGAAACGAACGCCUGCCGUUGCUAAAACAAUUGGUUUGGCGCUGUCCAGUGCCCGGAUAUCCGAUGCAAGAGUGGGCACAGUGA